UAGUGCAGGGUGCCGUGGGUAGGCAGAACGGAGAUUCCUGUGAGUGUGCAUUGGAAAAUAAUUGCACGCAGUCCAAGCCAUUCAUUUAAGACCUUGAGGAGCACAGCUCAGUAAUUCAGCACCGCAGUCUAGUGGACACCGCACAACACACAACGCAACGGAGGACAGCCAAUUCCAGUGGAUGGAUUCAACCAGUGGUACAAUUCUAAGACUUAAAAUAUAUUCAAGAUAGAAUACAAAGUUUUGACAUACGCUUAACAAAAGCCAUCUUUCAGAGGAAAACUUCGUUGGAUAAAGAGUUUAGCCACUCUUCGCUUGCGUAAUGCUGGUGUAGGCAAAAGUGAUAUUUGGGAUGACUGAAUGUGCCAGGCGCCUGGAAUCGGGGUCUAGAUACUGUAGGCGUUAGGAGUGUUGUGGAGCUGCCGGAGAGCCCCUUCAUUAUUAAGAAGGAUGCUGGUGGGAAAUGCCUGGAGACAGAGAGGACGAGAUUUUUCGAAAGGCUCUGGAACUGCUGUCGGAUCUCUGUUCUAGGGGCGAAGUGCAAAACGACAACUGUGUGGAUUUUAUAUACUAUUUUCGAGAUCUUGCCAGACCAAGACACUCAGACUCAGAUGUGUCAGUGAGCCUACUGUCUCUGGUGGUGACCACCUGUGGCCUAGCCCUUUUCGGGGUCUCGCUUUUUGUCUCGUGGAAGCUGUGCUGGGUGCCAUGGCGCGACCGUGGCCUCGCCAGUGGCCUGAAGGAUGGCCAGGGGGACCAGCAGCCAGUCAUGAUGGAGGUGGAUGGGGUGGAGAAUGAGUACAGUGAAGACUGUGUCAAGGAGCCUUCAGGCCUGGUAGUCCCCGAGGCAAUCAUGAAGAUCAGCCACACAUCCCCAGACAUCCCCCUGGAGGCCCAGUCCAAGCUCAAGGAGAACCAUGUCCGCCACAUCACCCGCGUGCAGCGCCAGAUCACUGAGCCCACCUCCUCUGUCCGGCACAACUCCAUCCGCCGCCAAAUGAACCUAUCCAACCCAGACUUCAACAUUGGCCAGUUCCAGAGACAGGUCCUGGCCACUCUGGGCCGGAUCAAACCCGAGCUCUAUAAGCAACGCUCUGUGGACACGGACGACGGCAGGAAGACGGACAGCUGCGGCCGCAUACAUUUCAUCCUCAAGUUCGACUGUGACCUGGAGCAGCUCAUCAUCAAGAUCCACAAGGCCCAGGAUUUACCGGCCAAGGAUUUCUCAGGAACCUCUGACCCUUACGUCAAAAUCUACCUGCUCCCCGACCGCAAGACCAAGCACCAGACCAAGGUGCACCGCAAGACCCUCAACCCCGUGUUCGACGAGGUCUUCCUGUUCCCUGUGGCCUACACUGAGCUGCCCACACGCAAACUGCACUUCAGCGUCUACGACUUUGACCGCUUCUCCCGCCACGACAUCAUUGGCCAGGUGCAGGUGGAUAACUUCCUGGACCUUGCAGACUUCCCCAGAGAGACUAAACUCUGUAGGGACAUCCAGUACGUCACCUCGGACAAUGUGGACUUGGGAGAUCUCAUGUUCUCCCUGUGUUACCUACCAACGGCUGGAAGGCUGACCAUCACAAUGAUCAAGGCUAGGAACCUCAAAGCCAUGGACAUCACUGGAGCCUCAGAUCCUUAUGUGAAGGUGUCUUUGAUGUGUGAGGGAAGGAGAUUGAAGAAGAGGAAAACAUCCACCAAGCGAAACACUCUGAAUCCAGUCUACAACGAAGCCAUAGUAUUUGAUGUCCCUCCUGAGAACAUUGAUCAGAUCAGUCUCCUAAUAGCAGUGAUGGACUACGAUCGGGUAGGUCACAAUGAGGUCAUUGGAGUGUGUAGGGUGGGCAAUGAGGCGGAAAGCCUGGGCCGAGACCACUGGAACGAGAUGCUGUCAUACCCUCGCAAGCCCAUCGCCCACUGGCACCCCCUGGUAGAGUGGAUGGGUCAGGGGACUGCAGGUGAAAGCCAGGGCGGUUCCACCAACUCUCUGAAGACUCCUCCCUCACCAUAAAGAGAACACAGGGUGGUGAAGGAGAGGAACAGCAGAGACACCAAGCAUCAAGAGAGGAGAGAUCAGUAUGCUAGUAAUGGUAGAUGUUACACUUGGUUUCCCCGACAUAGAUGAAGUUUUGUGCUGAACUAAAAAGCAUGCUCAAUUUGAACGUGCUUACUGAUCCAGGACAGGCUUAAAACUUCUUCAGGAUUGGUGGGUCCCCUGCGGGACGGUUGCCCUAACGUAGGCUAAUGUGAUUAGCAUGAGGUUGUAAGUAACAAGAACAUUUCCCAGGACAUAGACAUAUCUGAUAU